AUAACUAAGAGUUAGCUUCACUUACCUUCCAGUCCACUUCUAACAAACAUGGAGCGAACAAGUAGCGUUAGGAGAAAAGCCAUGUCCAGACAACAUAAAGGAGAAGUGAUGAUUGCUGGAGAACAACUCAGGUUGAGACUUCACGAUGGAAAACUGAUCAAGGACCGACGCUACCACCUGCGCACUUAUCCUAACUGCUUUGUGGCACAGGAGCUUAUAGACUGGCUUGUGAGCCAUAAAGAAGCUCCAGAUCGAGCAACAGCCGUCUGCCUCAUGCAGCACCUCAUGGAUCAUGACAUCGUUCACCACGUCUGUGAUAAGAGUCCAAAAUUGAAGGAUGCCAAACUGCUGUAUCGUUUCCGCAAGGAUGACGGCACAUUUCCAUUCAAUACAGAGGUGAAAAUCUUCAUGCGAGGACAGCGACUCUAUGAACAUCUCAUAGGGGACAAGGACUCUAUUCUGCAGCUAAGAGAGGAGCAUGGCGUUGCAUAUCAGCGCUCCUUUCCUGGCUGCCAGCUGAUUGACUCCUCCUCCUGA